CAACUUUCCUUCAACUUUGACCCCGUCUUUCGGUAUCUGCAAAAAUGGGGUUGGACGAGUCUUUGUUCGGUGUGCCAGUGUUGGUGGGCCUCGGUGUUCUCGCCGCCACCAUCAUCAUCGGCAAAUAUUUCCUGGGGGGUAAACGGAAGCCGGCCGGCCCGCCAAGAGCCCUGAAAGACCCAGAGACAAAGUUCCCAUUUGAGUUGGUCGACAAGGAGAUUGUGAGUCAUGAUACCAGACGCUUCCGCUUUGCCUUGCCUUCCAAAGAUCACAUCCUGGGUCUUCCAGUCGGUCAGCACAUCUAUCUGACGUGUCGCAUCGAUGGAAAGCUGGUCAUCCGACCCUACACUCCGGUGACUAGCGAUGAUGAUAAAGGAUACAUGGACCUUGUUAUCAAGGUGUACUUCAAGAACGUCCAUCCCAAGUUCCCUGAGGGGGGUAAGAUGUCUCAGUAUCUGGACAACAUGGCCAUCGGAGAUGCCAUCGACGUACGAGGGCCUAAUGGGCUCCUAGUGUACGAUGGAUGCGGCAAGUUCAGCAUCAGGGAAGACAAGAAGGCAGCGCCUGUGACCAGGAAUGCCAAGCAGAUAGGGAUGAUCGCUGGCGGAACAGGGAUUACCCCGAUGCUGCAGCUGGUCCGUCAAGUCCUGAAGGACCCUGAUGAUAAGAGUCAACUAUGGCUGCUGUUUGCCAACCAGACUGAGAAGGAUAUCCUGCUGCGGCCUGAGUUGGAGGAGAUCAGUCAGGAACAUGGCGACCGCUUCAAGCUGUGGUACACACUGGACAGGCCGGAGGAAGGCUGGAAGUACAGCGGGGGAUUCGUCAAUGAGGAAAUGCUACGGGAUCACAUGCCUCCACCCAGCAGCGACACCCUCAUCCUGAUGUGUGGACCGCCGCCCAUGAUCAACUACGCCUGCAUGCCUAACCUGGAAAAACUAGGCUACACGCCGGAGAUGAGGUUUUCCUAUUAGAGGCGCAGGAAAAAAUACUGAUUCCCAGACUUUCAUUGGGAAAAUCAUUGAAGAUUGCAGAUGUAAAAUUUGGAUAGCGGGUUUCCUAUAUCAGAGGCACGGAAAAACUAGGCUACAUGCCGGAGAUGAGGUUUUCCCAUUAGAGGCACGG